AUGGACCUGCGCGCGGCGCUGAACGCCGUGGACGACGACUACGGCUACGAUGACGAAACCGUCGAGCCUCCAGUCCCCAUCCAGACCGAAAUCGUGGACGUGUACCUCCUGCGCCCGGAAGAGCCCCGCGAGAUCGAAGUCAAAGACUUUACCAUUAUGAAGCCCAAGAAGAACAAGAUGCGCCGCCUGAUUCGCUUCUACCCCCGCUGCCAGAUCUCGUAUCGAGCCACGCUGCCGGCCGAAGAGAAGAUCGUGACGUCUCCCGGCGGCACUGUGACGACAACGAUCCUUCCCGAGCGUCUGCCACGUCACAAUGGCGGCUUUAGCAAUCCAAGUCGCAGCUUGGAGCUCCUCCGACUCAAGAGGAAAUUGCUGCAAGAGUACAACGCGUUGGUGCAAGACGACGAUCGAGAAGCUGCCAUGUUUGAUGCUCUCAUUGGCCAGAGUGCCCGCUCGGCCGAACACCGAAAGGUUUUAGACGCCACUGCUGGUAAUGCCGAACGGGUAAGUACCAAACGUUCUGCGCCUGUACAUACGUUGCAGCCGCCAGUUCCAAAGUACGAGCCAGUGGAGGUGGGAGACGAGGAUUUUGUCUCGUUGACAGGUGACAAACCAGGUGGCAUGACACUCGAUGAGCGUGUGCAGUACGUGUCUUCGCUGUGGCCAAGCCCACCACCUGUCGAUGACCACGAAGGUAUAACGGAUUACUACGGAAUCGAGGUGCACAUUGUUCCGGAGGAGGAUAGUGCGAAGGAAUAUGCAGCAGAGACAGAGACUGAGGAGUGUAUCGGCAUGCAAAAGAGCCGCGACCUGUCGCUAGCAACGGCAUCAAUUGCCGUGGAUGAGAUGGCGCAGAUGAAAGCAGACACUGGUAGUUCGACGCGCAUAUUCGAUAGUGACUCCGAGACAACGAUGCCGUCGUCUCCUGAGCUUCUCGUAAAGACGCACAGAUCAGUGCUGCAGAAACUAAAACAAGCAGUAGCAGAAGACAGCGAUGACGAGAUCAGGCUGAAUCCGAUGAUGUCGAAGCAAGACGACUGGGUGCAGUGCGACAAGUGCCAAAAGUGGCGCCGACUUCCGAAUCAAGUGAACGUGUCGGAGCUGCCAGCGGUUUGGUACUGCAAAAUGAACCGCUGGGACAAGCAUCACAAUAAAUGCUCGGCACGGGAAGAGAAGCUUGUGGUGCAUCUGAAGCAAACGGAUCUGGCAGAAUACCGUCAGCGCAAGUUUGCUCAGGACUUCGUGCAACGCUGUAAGCGAUUAGACCAAUCGACACAACUCUACAAGUAUACCCACCCACACGAAGACGACGGCGAACGUAAGUUCGUGCAGUGCUCGGAAUGCCUGAAGCUACGUCCGCUCAUUGGUGGCAUGGAUCCGAACAAGAUAGCUGAACCUUUUGUGUGUUGGAUGAACUCGGACGAGCUCUUGGCGAGUUGCUCGGCCCCUGAAGGACCGCUGUACCCCCGGACAAAAUCACAGCGACAUACCGUGCCAUCACGAGAAAGCAACAGUGUUGUGUGCACCUCGUCCGGCUAUGUUGAAGACGACCAGCUCGAACGAACGAAAGAUGCCGAUUCGACAAGUGACCCUGCUACGUCUGGAUGCAGUGUUCGAGGCGGCAACAAGUCGGGCGGAAAAGGGAAGCGCCGUGCCAGAUUUGGUUGUCGCGACAAAGGGGCAGGCAGUGGAAAUGCAGAUAUGAUGCUGAACAAGGCAAAGCGGCGAGCAGCAGCCUGA